AUGCCCCACAAAAAGACACUGCGGCAAUUUUCCUAUCGCCUUGACGAAGGCCCUGAAGAAGAUAAUGGUGAGUGGAAAAGAGCCUGUCUUCUGUCCUUAACCUUCAUUAUGCUGCUAUUAGGCACAGUGGCCGCUACCGUGCUCAUAGUCAUUUUUGGACUCAAGUCAUUUUCGGAGUAUAAACGUAAGUCUCUUUUAUAUUCUAUAUCUGGCUUUCCAACGAGACUGAACAGUUUUAAAAUCAAGAAUUUUAGCUGAGGAAAGCUCGUAG